UUGUGGAAAAUCAGGGCCGGUGGUAAAUUUUCCACUGAUUCCUGCAAACCCUUCGUUGCGUUUAAAUAGAUGAGCAUCAUCGUCUUGAAGGCGAGACGUUCCUGCUUGAGCACACCACGCUGUCCGUUUGAACCAGCAUGGAGGCCGCCAUCUUGACUUUGGUCAACCAGUUCAAGGCGUACGCGGGCAAUGAUGGGUGUGCUGGCACACUAAGUCGGGAUGAGUUCCACCAAUUGGUCGCCGCGCAGCUUCCCAACUUUGUCAAGACCGGCGAUUCUGGCGCAGUGGACCGCCUCAUGUCGUCCCUGGACCAGAACGCCGACGGCGAGCUGACCUUUGACGAGUUCUGGCAGCUGAUCGGCAAACUGGCCGCCCAGCAGGGCGCUUAGAAGCGCGCUUCCUGGUCCCUGCUUUUGUUCCUGGUUAACCGUUGGCCCAGAUUAAAGGCCUCAUUGUGUCCCGA